GCUUCUUCCUCCACCACUGCUGCAGAGUGAAGAGGAGGAGGUGUGUUGGUAGUUUCCUCCUCACACGGUCGAGCGGGGGUUAAUAAUCCUUCAUUUCUCAUGAACCCUCAGUGGCAACAGCCUGUGAAGUUUCCAGCGUCGGUAUGUGUGCGUGAAGUCGAGCCGCAGGGAGCAGCUUUCUCCAGAGGGACUCGCGCUUCUCUCUGACUGAACUUCUUUCUUCUUACUUUUUUAUAAUUUCUUGUGGUUGUUGGUGUCAUAUCUCAACAUCUGCUUUUAUUUUGUUGUUAUUGUCACUGCAGUGGGACAGUUUAACCUGCGCUGAGGUGAGGGAGGGGGAGAGAGACUGCCCCUCAGUGUGUAAAAUGUGAGGUGUGAGCACAGCGUCCUGCUGAAUGAGCUGCUUCACUCCACUGGGACAUUCUCCUGCGUCCUGGAGCCUGAAACCUGAAUCGUCAUGGACGCGGUCCACGUAACCAUCCGGUGCUUUUUGGUUCUCUUCACUUUUUACGUGCAAGGAGGAUUGUCGGGGGAUUACGAAGCUCACCUCGGAGCGAAUAUUCGUUUACAGAGAGUGAAACGUCAAAGCAAACCAACAAAACCAGUGCUGGAGGUGACGGACUUCCACGUCCGGUGUUCAGUGGCGUCCCGAUACGCCGUGACCACGAUCCAGAGCUCAGUGUGGAACCAGCUCCCCGUCGUCAAGGAGGCUGCGUUCGAGGUGGACCUGCCCUCCUCUGCGUUCAUCUCCAACUUCAGCAUCACCUCCAACGGGAAGGUGUAUGUGGCCCAGGUGACGGAAAGAGCUGCCGCCAGGAAAAUAUACGACGCUGCUAAGAAGCAAGGAAAGACCGCAGGACUUGUUGCUACCAAAGAGAGGGAGAUUGAGAAGUUCCGUGUGGCAGUGAGCGUCCCGUCAGGAGCUCACAUGUCCUUCUCUCUGUCCUACGAGGAGCUGCUGCCUCGACGGCUCGGACGCUACGAGCUCAGUUUGGGUCUGAGGCCCGGACAGCCCGUGCAGAACCUGACGUUAGACGUGGGUAUAACGGAGCGGACGGGCAUCAGCUUCAUCAAAGUCCUUCCCCUCAAGACGAGCCGGCUGCUGUCCAACACGGCGAAAGGUGAAGCAGGCGACGCUCCGGCCUCCACUCAGGUCGAGCAGAGCUCCGGCUGCGCUCGAGUUCGCUACAGCCCGACGCUGCAGCAGCAGAACAGCAUCUCCCCCAGGGGUCUCGAUGCCGACUUCAUCGUUCAGUACGACGUGGACCUCAGAGACGUCUUAGGUGAUGUCCAGGUGUAUGACGGCUACUUUGUGCAUUACUUUGCACCCAGGGGGCUUCCUGUGGUUCCUAAGGAUGUUAUAUUUGUCAUAGAUGUCAGCGGCUCAAUGAUAGGCACCAAGAUAAAACAGACCAAACAGGCCAUGAGCACCAUCCUGGCGGACCUGAGAGAGGGAGACCACUUCAACAUCAUCACCUUCUCAGACAAGGUCCACACGUGGAGGAAAGGACGAACGGUGCGGGCGACUCGGCAGAAUGUGCGAGACGCCAGAGAGUUUGUGAAGAGGAUCAUUGCUGAAGGAUGGACCAACAUCAACGCAGCUCUGCUCUCAGCGGCCCAGCUCGUCAAUCCUCCUUCCUUCGGCUCGUCCAACCACCACUCGUCUCGCCGCGUCCCUCUGGUCAUUUUCCUCACAGACGGGGAAGCCACCAUCGGAGUAACAGCUGGUGACACCAUCCUCAAUAACGCCAAGAAGGCCCUGGGCUCAGCCUCUCUGUUCGGUCUGGCCUUUGGCGACGACGCAGACCUCCUCCUCCUGAAACGCUUGUCGCUGGACAACCGAGGCGUCGCCAGGAUGGUGUACGAGGAGGCAGACGCGGCUCUGCAGCUGAAGGGCUUCUACGAUGAGGUCGCCAGCCCUUUGCUCUCGGACAUCCAGCUGUCCUACCUGGACGAUCAGGCGUUUGACAUCACGCGCUCCAUGUUCCCCAACUACUUCCAGGGCUCUGAGUUGGUCGUGGCCGGGAGAGUUAAACCGGGGGUGAAAGAUUUCCAGGUGUCGAUGUCGGCCACUGAUUCAAAGCAACGUGUCAACAUGGAGAACGAUGUGAUGGUCUCUCAGGCGAAGGGGAACGAGAGCGCAGGUUCACUGGACUGUCCGGGCGCUUUGGAAGGCGUCUCCAGCUUUGUGCAGCGCCUCUGGGCGUAUUACACCAUCAAAGAGCUGCUACUGGCCAAACUCAACACCAGUGACCCCGCGGCGCAGAGGCUCCUGGCCGACAAGGCCACAAAUCUCUCCCUCAAAUACAACUUUGUAACGCCGGUCACCUCUUUAGUUGUAGUUAAGCCCGACGCAGACGAAGCAGCUCCAACUCCAACCACUGCGAAACCCACCACAGCAGCCACUAUAACCACAACUGGGACGACGACUGCUACGACCAAACUACCAGCUGACGGCGGCGCGAAGAAGCAGAGCGCAGCGUCGAACUCCAGGCCGAGCAAAACCAGACCAGACUCUCCUCAGCCGCCUCUGCAUAGGAAAAGCUCAUCCCCAACUUCUACAGCGAGAACCUCGUCCAGGAAAACAACCACGACCACAGUUCCCAGUUCUGUUAAAACUGCCCCAGCACCAUUAUCUGGUAGAAAGAACGAUUCUAGAAGUGGCUCUCCUCCUCCUGCUGGGAAGAUUUCCACGCCUCUGCUUCGUGCUCUGAAAACUGCGGCACCGCCUGCACCGGGAAAACUCUCCAGCACCCCCCAGCCCAACGCCGUGAAAACCACCACUCCCUCCACGCCAGCUUUCACCACCGCGUCCCCGCUCAGCUCGGUCAGAAGCGACCCUGCGCCCCUGACAGGGAGACACCUCACCCCACAGCCCAACACGUCCAGGACGGCUCUACCCCCUGUCAGAGCGACAGCGCCCCCUACAGAGGUGGAGAACAGCAGCACGUCUGCUCCAGAUGUUCCUCAGCCUGGAAACAUCACCUCCCUGCCUGAGCCGUCGUCUCCGCUCACCUCACCGCCCCCCCCGGAACCGGCUGUGGAAGACAACGACACGAAUGCAGUCGGUGAACCAGAGAUCAGCUUCGCCACCCUGGUGUCGGCGACCUUCGCUCCCAUGCCCGGUGUGACGGACGGGCCCCGGCUGUGGGAGGCAGCAGGGCUUCUGGAUGUCUCCACUUCCAUCCAGAUCCAGAGAAAAGAUAUUGACCUUGUGAAAGACUACGAAGCUACUUACGACUACGACUACGACCUCAACUAUGACGCCUGGGACGAUUCUGCCGACACGGGAUCCUUCGAACCUCCGUCCAGGCUGAGCACCGUGAGGGUCUUCUCCUCGUCAGUCGAUGGAGAUCCACAUUUUGUGCUCCAGCUGCCGAAGCUGCAUCAGAACCUGUGUUUCACGGUGGACGGCCGAGCCGAUGAUGUUCUCAGGCUGUUGGAGGACCCAGACAGAGGGAUCAUAGUGGACGGUCACCUGGUCGGGGCUCCCUCCAAACACGGCUCCGAGGACCGGUCCCGGACCUACUUCGACCGCCUCACCAUCUCCACGGCCGCAGGAGGAAUCCUGAUCACGGUGUCACUGGACGCUGUGGUGGUGGAAGGAGAAGGGCGGGACGUCCUGCCCAUCAAUCAGCAGGGCUCGGUGCUGAGGCAGGGGGUGGCGGUCGCCGUGGACAACCAUCAGAGCUGCUGGAUCGAGCUGGCCAGGGAUGUUCGAUUCCUGGUCCUGUUCCACCGCUAUAAACACCCCAGUUACCUUCAGAUGGCUCACCUGGGUUUUUACAUCACCGACGGACGAGGGCUGUCCGCCUCAACCCAAGGCCUUCUGGGCCAGUUUCAACAUGCUGACAUGAGCGUCAUGGGGGUGAAAGGUCGUGUGGACGUCGGCGCUGACCGAGCCAACAGGGAGGGAGUUUCCGCCCGAGGCGUCCUGAGGUGGGGAUCGGAGCACGUGCCGGUCACCCUGCAAGACAAGACGCUGAAGGACUCGGUGCGGAGACGCCACCUGGGCAAGUGCUGGGUGGUGCCCAAGGCCGAGGUCCACAGACUCCUGGGCCAUCCGUACGAGAGCUACGUGGUGGAUCGCGUGUGAUUCCGGCUGAGGCAGCUCCCACCGCGGCUCCUCUGCCACCUCGGCACGAUCAUUGGACAAAGGAUGAAGAGGAGCACCACGAGGAUAAAGUGACACGGGCUCUGAAGUAUUCUGUGAGCAGCAGGUGUGGUUACGAAAGAGGAAGACGAGGGUCGACGAAGGGUAAAGAGUAAAGAGGACGUAGAGCUGGAGAAACGCGCUGAAGGACUGAAUGAUUCUUUUGCGCCUCCUGCCGAGUUUGAAUUCCCGCCGUGUGUUCUGUGUGUGAGCGCGUGGCGACCACAACACGUCCGAACGCCUCGCACAUCAACUCUGUUCAUAACUCCUGAAGAUAUUUAUCAGAUUAUUCUUAUAUUUCA